AUGCCUAACCCGUCUGGCUAUGUAAACCUACUAAAUAGUCAAAAUCCCAUUGACCUUGACUCACCCGAAGCUAAUUGGUUCGCUAGCCAAGUUCCCGAUGAGCCUUGUGUGAAGGAGAGGAGAAAUGACUACUACAACGGAAGCCCUCACCUGGUUGGGACUACACCGAGGAAGCUUCGUCCUUGCAAGCAGAGGUGGGCUCGGAUUAACGAGCAAGUAUCCAAGUUUGCUGGUUGCUAUGAUGGGGCUCUGAGGGAGCAGAGGAGUGGGCAAAAUGAUGAUGAUCUCAUGAAAGCAGCUUUAGACAUUUUCUUCAGUAAUAACGGCUACAAGUUCGCCCUGGAUCACUGCUGGAGGGAGCUGAGGCAUGACCAGAAAUCGUGUGCAACUCAUACGGCUAAGGACGGUGGAAAGGAGAAGCGGAAACCACCUUCGGCGGGUGAUAGAGAAGAAGGGGAAGACGGAGAACCAGAGGGUAGACCUCCCAGGGUAAAGGCUGCCAAAGCUGGAUUUAAGAAGAAGAAGAGUGCUAGAGAGGAGGAGUUGACGAAGCUACAGGCUGUUUUAGAAACUAAAGAAAAAAUCUCUAGACAUAAACUCCUAGAUCGUUUACUCGCGAAAACAGAGCCACUAUUAGAGAUGGAGACUACUCUAAAACUCAAACUAAUGUCUGAAAUGUUGUGA